AUGAAAUCUAUUAUUGUUUUCGCGUCUGCCUUGGUCUUGGCUACUACUGUAUCUGCAGAGGUGUUCUUGUACGAAACAUUUUCAGAUAAAGAGGGCUGGCAGAAGCGUUGGGCACCUUCUACAUAUCGUGAGGACCUUGGCAUAUUCAAGGUUUCUCCUGGUCAAUGGUUCACAGAUAAGGAUGAAAAGGCUGGUCUUCAGACAACAGAAGACUACCGCUUUUAUGCCGUGUCAACUCCUAUGAAACCUUUCAACAACCUAGAAAAGGACCUGGUGGUUCAAUUUGAUGUAAAGAAUGAACAGAACAUUGAUUGUGGUGGAAGCUAUAUAAAGUUAUUUUCUCCUAAAUUUGAUCCAAAAACUUUCAAUGGUGACAGUGAAUACAAUAUAAUGUUUGGUCCUGAUAUUUGUGGAACGAAAGCAAUUGUUCAUGUCAUUUUCAGCAAGAAUGGGUCAAAUCAUAGCUUAAAAAAAACCGUGAUUGCUCCAAAGGAUACGUUUACCCACACCUACACACUUCAUGUGAAACCCGACCAAAGUUACCGGGUAAUUGUAGACGGAAUCGAACAACUAUCAGGAUCCCUUCUGGAAGACUGGGAUAUGGUACCUUCCAAGACAAUCCCAGACCCACACGCCAAAAAACCUGUAGAUUGGGUUAAUAGUCCCAAGAUUAAUGAUCCAGAAGAUAAGCCAACUGAGCAAGAUAAUAUUCCAGAAUUUGUGAGCGACCCAAGUGCUGAACGACCUGAUGACUGGGACGAUGAAAUGGAUGGUGAAUGGGAGGCACCCUCGAUUCCAAACCCAGAAUUCAAAGGGGAAUGGUCACCAAAGAAGAUUCCCAACCCAGAUUACAAAGGACCCUGGGUACAUCCGGAGAUUCCAAAUCCUCUUUAUAAACUAGAAACAGACUUGCAUGCCUAUGACUUUGGGUACUUGGGUAUUGAUAUUUGGCAAGUCAAGUCCGGCACAAUCUUUGACAAUCUUCUGGUGACGGACGAUAUCGAAGAAGCUGAAAAGAUUAGAUUGGCAACAGCAGCUCUCGAAGAAGAAAAGGAGGCUCUGAAAGUAUAUGAAGAAAAUCAGUCUAAGAAGAAUCAGGCCGAUGUUGAAGUUUCUGAAGGAAUUGGUUUGGAUGAUAUUGAUCUUGACGAGGAGAUCAAUGCUGAGCUUGAGGAUAAAAAUGAUCAAAUCCGAGAUGAAUUAUAA